UCCGAACUUUCUCCCCUUCUCUUCUUCUCUACUCUCGUCAAUGGCCACCACCAUAUCCACCGUCCGUCUCCCACUUUCUCGUCCUUCAACUGCCCCCAGACUCCCGAUAUCUCUCCUUCCUCCCUCUUCUCUCUCCUCAUCUUCCAAAACCAACCUCUCUCAGCCCUUCCUUUUUAAAAAACGGCCUACCAAUGCAUCCCCAAGGCCUCUUACUGUCAAAUCCAUGGCCCCUCCAAAACCUGGAGGAAAACCCAAGAAAGUGAUUGGAUUGGUGAAGCUUGCUCUCGACGCCGGAAAGGCAACGCCCGCCCCACCCGUCGGGCCCGCGCUUGGUUCCAAGGGUGUGAAUAUUAUGGCCUUUUGCAAGGAGUACAAUGCAAAGACGGCAGAUAAACCCGGUUAUGUAAUUCCAGUCGAAAUUACUGUCUAUGAUGAUAAGAGCUUUACUUUUAUCCUGAAAACUCCACCUGCUUCAGUUCUUCUUCUUAAAGCCGCAGGAGUAGAGAAAGGUUCCAAAGAGCCGAAAAUAGAGAAGGUGGGGAAGGUUACAGCUGAUCAAGUGCGGGCCAUCGCAACAGAGAAGCUUCCAGACUUGAAUUGUUCAAGUAUUGAAUCCGCGAUGAGAAUCAUAGCAGGCACAGCCGCUAAUAUGGGCAUUGACAUCGAUCCUCCCAUUCUUGAACCCAAGAAGAAGAAGGUACUUAUAUAACUCCUCAUUGUAACAAAGAGAUGAAACCCCUCCCGCAACCUUUUUUUCUUUCUUUUUCCCUUUAAUGUCAUAGGAUUUUUAGUUUACAAUUGGUCAUUGAAGAAUUUACUGAUUUUACUUGAAAGAAUUUCAGGCCAUGCAUUCA